UCCCCCCUCUCUCCUGCCCUGCCCAGGGUGGCCCAGGCCUAUGUGAACCAGAGAAAGUUGGACCAUGAGGUGAAGACGCUGCAGAUCCAAGCUGCCCAGUUCGCCAAGCAGACGGGCCAGUGGAUCAACAUGGUGGAGAACUUCAACCAGGCGCUCAAGGAGAUUGGCGACGUGGAGAACUGGGCGCGCAGCAUCGAGCUGGACAUGCGGACCAUCGCCACCGCCCUGGAGUACGUCUACAAGGGGCAGCUGCAGCCCUCCGGCUCCUGAGCCCCCGCCCGGCUGGAGCCCCCGCACCCCUGGCUGCCGGGCUCAGAAACCCCCCCCCCCCCGCUGGCCCCGGCUGCACCUCGCCUGGCACCCGCCCAGUGGGAACGGCCCAGCGGUUUGCCCCCUCGGCUGGGCAGAGGGAGCAAGGAAGAAACGACCCGUCCUGCAUUGCCUGUGUCCCUGCCCGGGGGACGGGCACCGUCCUGCCAGCCAGCGGGGGUGUUGGGAACCCCGGCCGCAGGCACUUUGCUCUGGCCCUGGGGGCUGCUGGCCCGUCUGGAGCCCUGCCCCAGGGGGGAGCCGUUGGGUGUAGGCCCUGGUGCCACCUGAGCCUCUCACUGGCCUGCAGGUCGCAGAGGGCGGCUGGGUCGGGGAGGGGGGAGAUCCCGUCGCCCCCCCAGCGCAGUGCUGCAGGGGGCACUGUGGGGGGCAGGGCAGGAGCACUGGCUGGGGUGGGGGGGGCU